GUAAAGGUGAAUUUUAAACCGGGAAAGGCAUUACCUGGCUGGAGAGAAACAUAUUCAGGAUUUUAAGAGUUCUUUAUACUCACCAAGGUCAAGCAGUCGCUGUGUUGAGCUUCCACCUCGUGAGUUGUGCGAAGCUAAGACAUGGCUGGACUCAUAAACUUUCAAGAUGAGAAUGAAGUGAAGGAGUAUCUGGAUAACUUAGAGGUGGAGUACAGCUUCCAGUGUCAUAAAGAGAAGGACCCUGAAGGGUGCCAAAGGCUCGCAGACUAUUUGGCAGGGGUGAGGAAAAAUUAUGAAUCUGCAGCACAAGUUCUCAAACAAAACUGUGAGACAAAUGGACACACGGAGAGUUGCUAUAAACUGGGAGCUUACCACAUCACAGGCAAAGGUGGAAUGACAGAGUGUCUGAAAACAGCCUUAUCCUACUUUUUGCGUGCCUGCAACGCCGGAGGAAAGAAAUCUGCAGACGCCUGCCAUAACGUCGCCUUGUUAGUCAAUGACGGGCGAGCUGUGGAGGGAGGACCUGAUGUCACGGCUGCACGGCAGUACUACGAGAAGGCCUGUGACGGUGGCUUCGCUCCUUCCUGCUUUAACCUCAGCGCCAUGUUCAUCGUUGGCAACUCCAACGGGCUGGCACCAGAUAUGACUCAAGCUUUUAGGUAUGCCAGCAGAGCCUGCGAGCUGGGACACGUGUGGGGCUGUGCCAACGCCAGCCGGAUGUGCAAACUUGGGGAAGGCACCGAGAAGAAUGAGAAGAAAGCAGAGGAGCUGAAGAAUCGAGCAAAAGAGCUGCACGGUUUAGGAAAUGCGCAGAUUAAGUUUGGGGAGUGACUGUCAAACUGCAUGAAGUCGUUUUUGUUUAUUCGUGUUUGUCAAAAAGUCAAGAACUGUAAUGUGUUAGUUUUUAGUGUGGCUGAACGCAGGCUGUGGAUAUGGACGUUGUGAGAACUCUAUUAUAUAUAAAAAAAAACAACAACUUAAAUUUGCUAAAUUUAACAGAAUAUUACAACAACUCACUUUGUUUGUUUAAGCAAAAAUAACCCACGAAACAUAAAAAACUGGAUUAACCAAAA